AUACAUUAUUAAAUAAUGCGUUUCCAAAUUAGUGUAGUUCAAUAUAAAUAUGCGUGUAAGGUAAUUUCUUAUCAUUAACUCAGAUAUAUUCAACAGUUAACAACAUGAAGUGUAUUGUAAUCAUCGUUCUAUCUUGUGCUGUAGCACUAAAUGCUCAACCAUUUGGCGUAGGUCUUGGUCUGGGAAGACUAGGCUUAAGUUCUGGCCUUGGCCUAGGUAGGCUAGGUGGUAUUGGCAUGGGAGGGAUGGGCUUAGGUGGUCUCGGCAUGGGAGGGAUGGGCUUAGGCGGUCUCGGUAUGGGUGGAAUGGGGGGAGGCUACGCCGGCGGUGGCGGAUAUGGCGGUGCUGGUUAUGGCAGUGGUGCAAGUGGUGUCGGAAGCCAAGGUUACCAGAAUGCCGGAGCGGGUGGCUUUCACAACGUUGGUGCUCACAAUAAUAGAGUUACAUCCAUAAACCAAGCUGAAGACUCUGGUUUCAAUAACAUCGGCGGAGGAUCAGCAAUGAACAAUGGCGGUUAUGGUGGGAAUGGAUUCAACGGGUUCCAGAACGGUGGUUCACAAUUUGGAAAUGGUUUUGGAUCCGGUAGCCAAGGCAUGAUAAUAUAAGAAAUUGUUUAGUGUUUAUACGA